GAGCAGCAAGAGCAUUAUACUAGACUACAUUAUUACAAUGUUAGCGAUCUGGAAGGAUUCAUUGGAUCUUUUCUGUUAUAUGUUCUAUCUCAUUGUAGCAUUUGACUAUUCAUUCUCUUCUAUCUUUUUUUGCUAUCAUUUAAUUAUAAAUUAGUUAUUUGAUUUAAAAAAACCAAUGAUGUGUCAAUCUCUUAAUGGUUACUAAAGAUUGUAUUAUCACUCAUAUUAAAACAUUUAGUUGAUUCUCCCUAAGUCCCUAGGUUCACAACUUCACAGGUCCAUCACCAAAUAUUCAACUUAAUUAGGCCAUCUCAUCUAUUAAUAUCUAAAAGCAAAAUAAAAGUGGGCCAACUCUUCCCGCUCAAAAAUGUCACUUUCAGCAGUUAAGUGCAAAUUCCAAUUAAAUUAGAGCUCUAUUAGGUGUUAACGUUUUGUAUUUCCUUAAUUAGUGCUCUCCGGCCAAUGCAAGACGUUAGAUAUGUGGUUCUACGGAGUUUAGCUACUGUUUUGAUUUGUUAUAGAUUUUCCUGUGUUUGAAAAUUUGUUUUUCAUUGGCCGGUUUGGGGUGGUGGGCUGGCAGAUAGCUAUUUUGGAUUUUCCCAGGAUUUCCCACUCACGUGCCUUCAUUUUCAUUGGCUGCUUUAAAGCUCAUAGCUAGCAAUUAACUACAGAAAUACAAGCAUUCAUUCUUAAAGAUGGUUGGGAUGUGGUCGUUGUUUCGUGAGAUUGAUCAGAGCAGAACCACAUGGGCAAUUAAGGCUAGGGCUAUAAGAGUGUAUCGAGAACCAGCACAUGACUGCUUCCCAGAAUCGUUGGAGGUUGUUUUCCAUGACGAAGAGGGGUCCAAGAUGCAUGCGCAUAUUCCGGACCAGUUCAUCAAUAAGUUCAUUGGCAUCUUCAAGGACGGACAUUUGUUUGCAGUGAAAAAUUUCAUGGUGGAAGAGAACUACAUGUUCUUUAAAACCUCAACAAGUGCCUAUAGACUUCGUUUUUUAACAAAAGUGCUGCAUUUGAGAUCAAGGGGGUUCCAUUCCCCAUAAGAAUUUACUCACUGGUGUCUUUUGCUUCAUUGCAAUCCCAAGACACCAUUGAUGAGAAAUUUGGAAUCGUUGCGAUUUAUAUUGACCUAUCUUGAUAUUUAAAACUUAUUAUAACCCCGUUAGACCCACUAAUAUAGUUCUAUUAUCCAGACAUAAUGGGCCAAGUAGUGCACGACAAAGACCCAAAAACAAUUUUGAAGAACUCAGGCAUAAGAGAUUGCCAAUCAUCUGUACUACUAGAGACGCAUCUAUAUAAGAUAUUAUGUUAAGAUAUACCUAUGGACUCUUAGGUGUUGGAAUUCUAUCAACUUACUUAUGUGUGUAUAAAAUAUGUAGGCAUGUAAUGACAACUGAUUAUGGUCCUCGGGUGUUUGGCAGAGAUAUAACCGAUCGGAAAACCUAUGGAAGCAACGCCUUACGUGUUAAAUAUAGGUAUAUUCACUUUGCUUAAUCGUUAUUUUUUUAAACCUUCUGAAUAUGUUGAAAAAUAUUGUUCCAUUAUUUUUUUGAGGAUUUCACGAAUAUUUUAAAUAGUAUUUGGAAAAUUGAUUUUGUGACGGAAGUGUAAUGCAGCACAUAUAAAGGCAAUGUUAUAUAACCAGAUUCAUAUGGAUGAUGUGCAUAGAGUGGCGUACCUUUUAUCUCUUUGGAGGCAUAUGUGUUGCCCUACAUCUAUCCUAAAUCUAUUUAAUAGAUUUACAGACCCAUUUAAAAACAAAAUUUAAAAAAAUAAAAACCCUGCACAGAGGGAUUCCUCAAAGCUGCGAUAUCAGGAUCGUUAGGCUGGCCCCUGCAUUUCCGAGUUUAAGUCAACACCAGGAUUGAACAAUAAUUCCAACCUUUGUAAGUUUGUAACACAAUGUGCAAGGAAUGAAAAUGAUUAAAAGUGAAUCUUUGUC